CAUGAAAUGUAAUAUUUAAUAAUAAAAAACUAAAUAAAAAAAUCUUACAUAACAAAAGACCAAUUAUUAAAUACACAAAAAAAAUCUCUUUAUUGACUUCAUAGUUCAUUCCUACCAAAAAUUAGAGCGAGGUGCAUAGCUAUGAAAGUACAUAUCUCAUGGGAGGUCAUUGGCCCUAUUUGAACAAAUGUCAAAAUCCCGCCAUAUUUGGGGAACAGAUCAAACCUCUCGCCAAAUUUCUCACAAGUCACACAGCACACCACGGUGCUCUUGUUCCUUUUGAACGAUCGUGCAUUACGGAAGAAUUAGGGUUUUAGGAGUUGUUUCGGAACAAUGAGUUUCGGCGACACGAACAAGGUAUGGGAGAUCAAAUCCCUGAAGCGGAAGCCUAAACAAGAAGAGGCUCAGAAGUUCCUGGAGCGGAUAGCCAAACAAGUUCAACCGAUUAUGCGAAAGCACUGUUGGAGGGUCAAACUCCUUUCCGAAUUCUGUCCGAAGAACGCAAAUCUUCUUGGAUUGAACGUAGGAGCCGGUGUUAAUGUAAAGCUUAGGCUUAGGCGUCCCUACCGCGACGAAGACUUUCUACCAUAUGAUGAUGUAUUGGACACCAUGCUCCAUGAGCUUUGCCACAAUGUUCAUAGUCCUCAUAAUACCAGUUUCUACAAGCUCUGGGACGAACUUCGGAAGGAAUGUGAAGAUCUUUUGAGUAAGGGGAUAAGUGGGACAGGGGAAGGGUUCGAUCUUCCUGGAAGACGGUUGGGGGGAUUCUUUCCUCAGCCUUCUUUGUCUUCUCUACGUACCACUAUUGCUGCUGCUGCAGAAAAGAGGGCACAACUUACUACCCUGUUGCCACCUGGUCCUAAACGCAUUGGGGGCGAUAGAUCGAUCAUGGGUGCACUUACUCCCAUCCAAGCUGCUGCCAUGGCUGCUGAGAGGAGAUCACAUGAUAAUAUUUGGUGUGCUUCGGAGUCUUGUAAUAUGCAAGGAGAUGAUGAUGAUGAUGAUGAUGAGUCCUAUAUGUCAUUUAAACCUUCGGAUGUGGAUCCCACUUCAGUGAAACAAAAACCUUCUAGCAGUGCUGGUCCACAGGAUCAGGGCGUGCUGUCAGGGACAAAUCUUUCAAGAAAGACCAUGCAGGGGGAAUUCCACCACUUUCUCAGCAACCAUAUGAUCAUAAAGGGUCAGAGUUUGUGGACUUAACAAAUGAUCACUCAAAUGCAAGAUUAGGCCCUGGCUAUGAUGCGGUGCGCAGUUUGGAGAAUUCAGAUGCUUGGGAAUGCUCAAUGUGCACCUUGUUGAACCCGCAUUAUGCUCCUAUCUGUGAGAUCUGUCAAACUCGAAGGCGUAUAGAUCCUAAUGACAAAUAUAGUAUGUGGUCAUGC